CAGUGACUGUCAAAAUUGGUUGAAGAAGCAUUUUUUCUUGAUGUGCUGAGUGAAAAAUUAAGAGCUUUGCUAAUAUUUUUUGUAUUUGCGGCGCUAAAAACCUAAAAACUCACAGCUGCAACAGUUAAAAUGAUGCUUUUCAUGCUGCUGUUCAGCCGUCAGGGCAAAUUGCGGCUGCAAAAAUGGUAUAUGGCCUAUCCGGACAAGACCAAAAAGAAGAUAACACGUGAGCUGGUCACAACGAUAUUGGCGCGCAAGCCCAAGAUGUGCUCGUUUCUCGAGUGGAAGGAUUGCAAAAUAGUCUACAAACGCUAUGCCAGCUUGUAUUUCUGCUGCGCCAUCGAGCAGAACGACAACGAGCUGCUGACACUGGAGAUAAUCCAUCGCUAUGUCGAGCUGCUGGAUAAGUAUUUUGGCAGCGUCUGUGAAUUGGAUAUCAUAUUCAAUUUUGAGAAAGCGUAUUUCAUUCUGGAUGAGUUGUUGAUCGGCGGCGAGAUACAGGAGACAUCGAAGAAGAAUGUCCUGAAAGCGAUCGCCUCACAGGAUCUGCUACAAGAGGCGCGUCUCUCAAUUGAAUGUUCCGAAACAACUUGCCAGCAAGAAACAAAAAACAUUUCCAAGAAAAGUAAUUGAAUGCGUUUUAUCACAAGUAUUUAGCUUGCCAUAAUUGUUAAACCCAUAGAAAGUUAUUCAACUUAGUUCCGUCCAUUUAACGUAUAUAUAUAUAUCUAUAAAUAUAUUGCCAUUAAUUAAAUUGUAGUCAAAUGUGUAUGUAGUACAAUUUGUGUAUUGUUGUUCUUAUCCAAAACUAAACAUUAACGAGAAGGUAUCAAGUUAUUUGUUUUGCAUGAUCUUUGUAGCUUGUUCCAUGGUUCCAUGCCACGUUUUUCGUAGUACUCUAAUCGACUAACUAACUAAAUUUAAUCAAGACACACAAAAACUUAUAUCUAAAUGUGUAACCAUAAUACCCUCUCUCUUGUUAUUAUUAUUAACGCUUGCCCCACCCGCCACUGCAUAUAUCGAUGUUAAUACAACCAUCAACAGGACUUCAAUGAGUAUUUAAACUAAUCAGAAAAACACAAAAAAAGGAUGCCUAGAAAACAAUAAUAAUAUCAAAAUAAAGAGAAUCCUUUUACCAAAUAACAGUUUAUAGGUUUGCUGAGCCUUGUAAGAACCCGCUUUAGUCAGGAUUUAUUUUUUCGUUUAACUGUCAAAGUCCUUUCGUUAACAAAGUCAAGGUUGUAAAUAUAUAUAUUGCCAAGCUUUUUUUUUAAUCUGUUUUGUGGCCGGCCGCACACAUACAUACAUAAGAGAUUGUGUUCGCUGCAAUGCGUAGUUUGUGUACCGUUACGCCCUGCCCACGCCACGCCCCGUGCGCUUGCAAUACAUACGCAUACACAUACAUACCAUGUACAAAUAACUGUUUACGCAUUGCUCACGCAACGUUACAACGAGCUACAUACCAAAAGCUGUGACGUGCUCUUCUUCUUUUAACAACAACAACAACAUGCAACACAUGAACUAAAAGUAAAUCAAAUUCACACGCACACACACAUACACAUACACUCACACAGCUGCUACACGUACACGUACACGUACACGUUUUUUCUAUGUAUCUACUCUUCUUGUUCUUAUUGUUCUUAUUCUCUGUACUCCAGGACGAAGCUGUUGAGGGCACUUUAAGAGACAUUGGACUACUCUAAAAGAAAGCCAAUACGUAGAAUGUAGUUGUUAUUACACACAAAUGCAAACAUGCACGCACGCCCACACACACACAAACACGCACACGCACACACACAGACGCACAGACACAUUCAUGUUAACAUAAGUACUUAGCUGCAGCAAUAUGUGUGCACACAUUCACACCUUACAUCGUAUGUAAAGUAAAAACUUUGUGUGUGUGUGUGCGUGUGUGCCUUAAAGUUAAACUAUAGAACAUAAUUUGGAUUUCACAAAUAAACAACAAAGUGCAAUUAGUAUUUUCACACAGCGAGUCUAAAAAUAGAAAAGAAAAAAAAAACAGUUAAGAGCAAAGUGCAUAGCUAAUACAACAACCAUCUGGCGCGGUCGUCCCCCCUCACCCUUAGUCUUGAGUAAAGUUCAUGCAAAACGCAAAUACCCAACAUUUAAAGUAACUUCACAAUCAUUUAAAUUUAGAAAAUCAUUCAAAAAAAAAAAAAACGAAAGCAAUAUUGUUUUUUCAAAACUUCUAAAUGGGCAAUAACUAGGGAAGAAGCAAAAAAUGCAAUACAUAGAAAAAGUAAGCUUUAAAUUCGUCAAAAAAAAAAAAAAUAUGCGGAAAAUGAAAUGAAAACUGAAAAUGUAAAACUCUUAGUAG